UUUUCACCAGACCCUGUGUCCACAGGAUGUGGUCCAGCUUCAACGAGUGGUUUUGGCAGGAGACGUUAUGGCUGCCGCCCAACAGCACGUGGGCUGUCCUGGAGGACCGCGAUGGCCAGGUGUACGCCCACCCCCGGGACAUGCUGGCGGCCCUGCCCCUGGCACUGGCCCUGGUGGCCAUGCGCUUCACCUUCGAGCGAUAUGCCUAUCUGCCCCUGAGCCGGUGGCUGGGUGUGCGAGAUCAGGCCAGGAGGCCCGCGAAGCCCAAUGCCACUCUGGAGAAAUACUUCCUCACAGAGGGGUGUAACCCCAAGGAGCCCCAGAUGGCCCUCCUCGCUGCCCAGUGCGGCCUCACGCUGCAGCAGACCCAGCGCUGGUUCCGGAGGCGCCGGAACCAAGACCGGCCCUGCCUGACCAAGAAGUUCUGUGAGGCCAGCUGGAGGUUCACGUUCUACCUGUGCGCCUUCUUCGGUGGCCUCUCGGUCCUCUACCACGAGUCGUGGCUGUGGGCCCCGGUGAUGUGCUGGGACAAUUACCCAGAUCAGCCCCUGAAACCCGGCUUGUACUAUUGGUACAUCCUGGAGCUGAGUUUCUACGUCUCACUGCUGAUCACGCUGCCCUUGGAUGUGAAGCGCAAGGACUUCAAGGAGCAGGUGGCCCACCACAUCGUGACCAUCACCCUGAUCGUCUUCUCCUACAGUGCAAACCUGCUGCGCAUCGGCUCCCUGGUGCUGCUGCUGCACGACGCCUCGGACUACCUCCUGGAGGCCUGUAAGAUAUUCAAUUACACGCAUUGGCGGCAAGUGUGCGACACCCUCUUCAUCAUCUUCUCCGUGGUCUUCUUCUAUACGCGCCUCGUGCUCUUCCCUACACAGAUCCUGUAUACCACCUACUACGAGUCCAUCGCCACCAGCGGCCCCUUCUUUGGCUACUACUUCUUCAACGGCCUCCUCCUGGCGCUGCAGCUGCUGCACGUGUUCUGGUCCUGCCUCAUCCUCCGCAUGAUCUACAGCUUCACCAAGAAGGGCCAGAUGGAGAAGGACGUCCGCAGCGACGUGGAGGAGUCCGAUUCGAGCGAUGGGGAGGUGGCCCAGGAGCCUCCGCAGCUGAAGAACGGGGCAGCCCACAGGCCCAGGGCGGCGCCCCCGGACGGGCCUCGGAGCAGGGUGGCCGGGCGGCUGGCCAACGGACACACGCCAGACACGUAGCCGGGCGAAGACUGGCCUCCAGGGCCGGCUCCGGGUGCCCUGCAGCUCGGAGUCCCCGGGGCCAGCUCUGGAGACGGGGACGGCUCUCCCCUGGGGGCGGGGGCAGGGCUGAUGAUCCGUCUCCAGCCCCUUCUUCGUGCCCACCCUUCCCUUCCCUUCCCUUGGGCAACUGGACAGCGCUGGGGAGGGCGGGCAGCAGCCCGAGGGAGCCACCUCCAGUCGGAAAGGGGUCCAAUAAAACUUGAACGGAGCCACCUUCUCUGA